AUGGAUCGGCGCGCAGCACCCAGACGGAAAAGAUUAAUACUAGCAGACGAGGUUGAGCCUCAUGAUAACAGAUCGAAGAGAUCUCGCACAUGCGAUACGGCCAGCGAUGCAGUACCAGAGAGUCCGACGUCUUGCCCCAGUCCUCUGAACCCGCCAGUUCGAACCGGCCUCGCGACACCAGAACCCAGCAACUUGUCCGAAUGCGAAGCUGCGCCAUCGUACCCGACAGUCGACGACGUCCUCGAAUCUCCCUUUCCAUUCAUGAAGCUUCCCGCCGAACUUCGCAUCCACAUAUACCACAUGGCGCUCGUGCGCGAGGAACCGCUCCUCCUCCAUGCUGACCGUGCUCCCGAGAAGCCUGACGAAGACGAGUUUCCUCCUGCGCCCACGCCCGUCCUACGCAGAGUAUGGUUUCACGGGCCGGAGCAGCGACCAUACUUGAAUCAGCGAGGGAGAGGCCAGAGUCCAGGGCCAGAGCGCAUCCCACUGAGCGACCCUAUCAUUCCAGAGAUCUUGCGAUUGAAUAAGCAGAUAUAUAAGGAGGCGCGGCAAGUUCUGUACAGCGAUAAUGUGUUUACGCUCAGCUUGACAAGCGGCAUACAUACGCUUUCGACGUUGCACCAGCGCUCCCGCAGCCUCAUCAAACACGUCGUUCUUACAAUACCGUCGCAUCACGAUAUCCUCGAUGGAUUUGCCGACCUCGUCCGCUUGGGCCUGCGCUACUGCUGGGGUCUCAAAACUUUCAAAAUCAUCCUGCAAGCCAGCCUGCCUGACGACGGGAGGAUGACGGGAGCAACAAGCGUAUACGCAAAUGCGUUUCAUAUAUUGAGAUGGCUGCCGCGAGGCUGUAAUGUAGGCCUCGAAGGCAAUGUUAGCGAUACGGUUAAGAAGGUUGUGGCUGAGGAAGGCAGACUGCAGGCUGUGCUUGAUGAAGCGAGUUACCUCAAGAGGCAGCAUCAGAUGCCUGAACGGCACUAG